AACCUUUUUUUGGUCAAUGGUUUUCAUAUAUGUUUUUCUUUGCUUUUCUCUUGUAAUUUAAAAUGGAUGUCAAUGUAUUAUGUUUCAUACCCGUUCACCUUGCUGCUCUAUUCCAGUUUCUUAUGGUAUUUAUUUAACGAAUAUUUCUUUGUAGGCCUCAAAAAUUGUAUGAGAAGAGGAUAUUCCUACCUAGAUGGAGUUGAACAGUUGCUACGUGCUUUAAGACAAGAUAACUAUGAGAUGCAUGCAUUCACAAACUAUCCCAUCUGGUACGAAAUGAUUGAGGACAAGUUAAAGGUCUCAAAUUAUUUAUCCUGGACAUUUUGUUCAUGCACAUAUGGUAUGUUCAUGCACACUUUAACCUUUGGUGGUUACUUCUAGAAUCCGCCAGAGCUGGCAACUAUUAGUUCUCCUUUUAAUUGUUGGUUACAUGGUUCACAAAUCACAAUAUGAAUUCAUCCCCAAAUUUAUUCCUUUCUUUGUUCAUGUUAUUUUUGGGUACCCACCUCAGGAAAUGAUAGAUUAUCAAAUCCUGGGUGGCUGUCACUAUUAAAGUAAUUCCACACAAUAAUUAUAUUCAUGGGAGUAGAUUUCCUGCUUUGUGGUUAUAACUGUAUUUUUUCCACUACCAUGAAUGUUUGAAGACAUUUACUAUAUGUCCAGGAAAGAGGAAGCCAGAUCCUAAUUUCUAUCUGGAAGUUUUGAAACAUCUUGGAGUUGAUCCAGCAAGCUGUAUCUUCAUUGAUGACAGGAUCAGAAAUGUUGAAGCUGCAACAAAAGUUGGCAUCACUGGUCUCCAUUUUAAGAAUGCAGAGUUGCUACUCGAAGAUCUGCAUGGAUCAGGAGUUGACAUUUGAACUCAUAGACAUCAAUGAAGUUAGGAUCAAAUUUGGCAACCAGAGCCACUGAAUUCAUCAAUGGUUUAAAUUCCUUAUAUUCUUUUUAAAAUUGAGGAUAAUCAUGGAAUAUAAUAACCAUUGUACUUGUCA